AUGAUUUCAAUUUUAAAGAUCUUAGUACUUAUAGCGUCUGUUUUACAAGUGACGUAUGCAUACUGUGUUUAUAAUAGAUUGACCAAUUCAACAUCUCUUCCUACGUUUAUCAACGUGUCUGAGAUAGGCAUUAUUAGGGCCGGCGAACAAAAGUUCCGUACUACACUCGUUGGAUAUGACUCUCGUGCAUGCUGUCCUUACACACAAAAAACGUGCAAUCCCUAUGGUUCACUUGUACAAAUCAUUACGUUUAAUGUUGAGGCAUCUUUUAAUGGAAAAUCAAUUGAUGCAAAACAUACAGCACCAUGUGAUGCUGGUGCCGGUCUUGCGUUUUAUGGAGCUACACCAGAUGAUUUUUACGCUGAAUGUGUAAGUCGUAACGGAACCGUGCGACGAGUCAAUCUUGAUCACUUUUAUUCUUAG